AUGCCGCUCUGUCUCACCUUCAUCGACUUAAAGAAGGCCUUCGACUCAGUUGAGACAGAAGCGGUCGUGGAAGCCUUGGACAACCAAGGCGUCCCUACAGAGUACGUAAAGAUACUUCGAGAGUUGUACAGUAAUUUCAUGACCUUAAUUUCGCCAUUCUACAAAAAUGUCAUCAUUGACGUCAAGAGGGGAGUCCGACAGGGUGACACAAUCUCACCCAAAAUAUUCACAACCACCCUCGAGAACGCAGUGCGAAAGUUGGAAUGGGACGACAUGGGAGUGAAGGUCGACGGUCGGCAGCUACACCAUUUGAUGCUGAUUCGCUGA